CGUCCGCUCUCGCAGCACUGCUGCAGAGUGCAGAUCGAUCCAAUGGCGGUCCAGCCGGCCGGCUGACGUCUAGCGCGAGCAUAGUUUAUUCAUCCUAGAGACAGCUAUCCAGAUAUCCACAUACCCACAGCUAGUUAAAGCCUCGGCCGGCCGAUUCACAGCACAUACGGUAGCUAUGGCGACGGCAAUAACAGAGUGCACUCCGUCCUUCUUGGCCGCUGCCGGCCUCGCCGUGCUGGCGAUCUGCUCGUACCUUGCCGUCGUCCUCCGCCGCGGCGGCGUCGCCGGAGCGAAGCGGUACCCGCCGGCGGUCGGCACGGUGUUCCACCAGGUAUACCACCUCCGGCGGCUGCACGACUACUACACGGACCUGUUCCGCGAGCACAUGACGUUCAGGCUGCUCUCACCGGGACGGGGGCAGAUUUACACGUCCGACCCGGCGGUGGUCGAGCACAUCCUCAAGACUAACUUCUCCAACUACGGCAAGGGCGAGUCUAACUACGAGAACACGAGCGACCUCUUCGGCGACGGCAUCUUCGCGGUGGACGGCGACAAGUGGAAGCAGCAGAGGAAGAUCGCCAGCUACGACUUCUCGACGAGGGCCCUCCGGGACUUCAGCGGCGGCGUCUUCAACAAGAACGCCGCCAAGCUCGCGCACAUCGUCUCCGACAACGCGGCGGCGAAGCAGCCCAUGGACUUCCAGGCCUUGCUGAUGAAAGCGACGAUGGAUUCCAUCUUCACCAUCGCCUUCGGCCUGGACCUCAACACGCUGUCCGGGGCGGCGGCGGACGAGGGGAGCCGCUUCGCCGCGGCGUUCGACGACGCCAGCGAGUUCAUCCUGCUCCGCUUCGUCAACGCGUUCUGGAAGGUGGCGAGGUUCCUCAACGUCGGCGCGGAGGCGGCUCUUAGGCACAGGAUCAAGGUCGUCGACGAGUUCGCGUACAAGCACAUCCGCGCCAGGGCCGACGAGAUGUCGGUCGGCAAGGCACACGACGCCGAGUCGAAGUGUGAUUUGCUGUCGAGGUUCAUUCAGGCGACCACCAGCGAGUCCGGGGAGGUGGAUUACAAGUACCUGCGAGACAUCAUAAUGAACAUCGUCAUAGCCGGCAAGGACACGACCGCCGGAGCGCUGGCCUGGUUCCUCUACAUGAUGUGCAAGCACCCGGAGGUGCAGGAGAAGAUCAGCGAGGAGGCCAGGGAGGCUGCCGACGCCGGCGAGACCGCGUCCAUCGACGACUUCUCGCAGAGCCUUACCGACGAGGCGCUGAACAAGAUGCACUACCUGCAUGCCGCCCUGACAGAGACACUCAGACUGUACCCUUCGGUCCCGUUGGAUAACAAGGAGUGCUUUUCGGACGACGUUCUGCCCAACGGCUUCAGCGUCGGCAAGGGGGACAUGGUGUUCUACGCCCCCUACGCCAUGGGCCGGAUGGAGCGCCUGUGGGGCGAGGACGCCCAAGCCUUCCGGCCCGAGCGGUGGCUCGACGAACACGGCGUGUUCCAGCCAGAAAGCCCUUUCAAGUUCACAGCUUUCCAGGCUGGUCCGAGGAUCUGCCUGGGAAAGGAGUUCGCGUACAGGCAGAUGAAGGUCUUCGCGGCAGUGCUGCUCCGUUUCUUCGUGCUGGGUCUGCGCGACAAGGACGCCAGCGUGAACUACAGGACCAUGAUCACGCUCUACAUCAAGCAGGGUCUCCAUCUCACGGCUGUGGCGAGAUGAUUGUGCUUGGGCAUAUACACAUACAGAUACAGUAGCUGGCAGCUGGCUUGCCAAUGCGAGUGACAGGCCCAUGCGUCCUUCUGCAGAGACACCAAAGAUACUAUGCGACUUGUGUGUGGUCGCCACGCGCGAAUAAUAAGCUGAGUCCAGCGUCAGUAUAUAGUGUGGUCUGUGCAGAGUAGCAUCUCUUGUGAUUGUGAUUGUGAUUGUGAUUUGUGAAUCGGACCUCUCACCGGUACCAGAAUGGAUUGCUUUUUUUCUCCGCAAA